UUGUAAAAGGUUGUCUGUCUGUCAAUGUUUUCCUCCUUUUAUUUUUUUUUAAAAAAAAGAAGUCAGGAGUAACUAAUGAAAACCUUGCACAGCACCCAGCUUUGACCCUUAGCAGGCCUUGGCCUACCCAGGUCCCAGGGCAGGAAGCCCUGUUCCUCAGAGGCCCUUAAAUGUACACACAAGGUACACCCAACUCACCACAAACUAACACCAGCUUGGGCCAGAGGAAGUGGCCUCCUCUCAUUCAUCCCAUCCCCAGAUACUCCAGAACCAGGAAAUGCAAACCCUGCAGACCAGAAGCCCAGGAUGGUGGAUCCCUCAGCUGGCUCGCUCCUGCUCUCUGUCUGAUGGGGCCAGGCUCUGGAAAGAAGCCUCAGACGCUGCGUCAGAUGCAAGUGCUCUCCCCCAGGCCAAAGUCACUCAUUUUCUGUCUGCUUUCUCCCGUUAACCGUCUCUCUCAGUGCAAAGGAUGUGGUAAGAAUCCUCUGAGAAACAAAGCUAAGUGGUUUCCAAAUGAUGUUGGAAGUGUUCACACACAAUUUAAUGACAUUUAGGAGAGUGUGAAAAGCCACUUUCACAGCUUCACCUGUUUCCAGGUUACCCUCCUCCUCCUAGGUCUGCUGGGAAUUUAAAUGUGCUGUUUACACAAAAUCUCGUGGUUUGGCUUUCAUCAGAAGACCAUUCCUUACGGUGAGUAAUGUCACCGUGUUGGCUGCCUAGCGGUGAGGAACACAACACCAUUCUAAGUCAAGGAAGCAGCUGGUGUCUGGGAAAUUGCCUGGUCUUUUAUUAAGACAUAAUCCACAGCAGUCAUUGACAGUAUCCCCUUGUUAUUUUCCCAAAGAUAAAAUUUCUCAUUCUAAGUGAAAAGAAAAUCUUAACUUGGCGGGGGAAUACAUGAUUCUGUUUGCCAUUGCUAUAACAGAGUAUGUCAUCUUGGACAUUUGUAAAGGACAGAGGAUGUGGGAUGUAGCUCGCGUGUUUGGAGUUCCAAAGCAGGACUCCAGCGCGGUGCAGACUUCCGGCGCUCUCUCAGCGGGGAAGAGGGGAUAACUGUGGGAGUGUGUGCAAGUUUGAGACCGCAGCAAUGGGGUGGGAGGAACCGGGCUUUCUCUGCUUACAACAACCGAUUUUAGGGGCUGGGGAUUUAGCUCAGCGGCACAGCACCUGCCUGGCAAGAGCAAGGUCGUGAGUUCGAUUCCUGGUACUGGGGAAAAAAAAAAAACCGAUUUCCAUGAGGACCACCCAGGGUCACAAGGACACCACCGCACCCUCCUCUGAGUGCUGCGCCCCAGGGCCCUAACCUCCUGCCCCCCACACGAGAGCUCUGAGGACAAUCAGUGUGCACACCUCACUCCACAUUCUCUUAGAGAAACAUCACCCUGCAGCGGGCAACGUCCUGUUGAGAUCACAGAAGAGAAGUGAGGUUUGAAGUUCUGGCAGCACUGCAGGGAACUGGUACAUCCUCAGGAGAACUCCGCCGUGUGGGGCUGAGGCAGCUUUACACUGACGGUUAAUGAACACGGUCCGCCCUCAGAACACAGGGACGAAGGCAAGCUGCCCAGCGCAGAGGACGAGACCCGGCCGGGACAGCCUCUCCGCAGAGACCCUGCACCCCUGGAAGGGCCCUGCCCGGGGGGAACCAGCGCAGAUCCGCGGAGAGACCCGGCCUCCCGGCAGCGCCGGCUGCAGACCCUCGGGGAGGGCCGGGCGCCUCGUUUUUUCUUUUGCACAGAACCAGAAGAGGCCGAUCGGAUCUGGGAGGGAGGGAGAGACGGCCGCCAAGAGGGCGGUGUAGAGCAGCGUGGCCUGGUUCGGACCCGGGGCAGAUGCCAGCGCUGCUUCCAAAAUAACGAGAUCCAGCUGCGUGGUGGUCCACGGGGACACCAGCGGGGGGACCCAGAUGUCCUGCGACCUCGCGAGAGGCAGAAGUGGACAGGAGGAAACGGCUUCGGCGCCGGGGACUCCUUCCCCCGCGUCCGCGUGGGAGACGAGCGCACAGGCGGAGGAGGUGGGAACGGAGUUAGAGACCCCUCCAUCUCCCUGUGUGUGCGCGUGCUAUUUUGGGUACUGGUAUCGAGGCAGAUUUAAUAAUUCAAGUUGUGCUGCUCUGUCGUAACUGCAGAGGAUGUGUCUGAAGAAGAAAAACUUUUGCUGAAAGCAGAAAACAAAGAAACUGGCAGCAGACCGUCUCAGCGUGCCAUCACAUGCAUUAGCUUUGACUUAAAUUCGUGAGAAGGACCAAGAAAUUGAGCCUGUGAAAUAGACGGUCACAGUGUCUACAUGAAAGAUGUCAGCCUCCAAGGCCAAAGUUUGUCUCCGCAACACUGCUUUGAAAGACAAACUGAGUCACUGGAAGUAAUCACCUCCCCCCAGAUCAGUCUCAGAUACUCAUCAUUCUUUCACCCAUGUGUGUCGUGGGUGGUGUUUACUGGGUACAAUGAAAAGGACUCAUCCCUUCAUCCGACUGUCUAGGGCAGCACAUCUUCAGCCACUGAAGGAUGCACAGGUCGUGAAGAGCAGCAGCAUCAGGAGACCUGACUAUGGCCCUGCAGGGCAGGAGCUCAGCCGUUCCCCAGGGCCACCCUGGGCUGAUGACCUUCCCUCAGGAUGAGCAGAGCCACAUCCAGAGCUUCACUGAGGGGGAGCCUGUCAUUCUUGGGGUAACCCAAAUCAUGAUCAGACUCAUGUAUAUUUGCCUGUGCAUGAUGCUAAAGAUUACACAUUCAGAUAUUUAUUUUCCAUUGGAAACUGAGGCUGUAGUGUUCUACUUGCAACUUUUGGGACCAAUCUGUUAUAUCCUGUCUGGAACUCCGUCCACUGUUUCUGGAAGGAAAAUGACAAAAAAUGUGCAGGGGAUCUCAGUUGUGAAGGUUGUCCUCACCGUGCUUGAGUUCUGCAUCGCUCUGAAUCUGUCUGCGUUUGGGUGCCAUGUUGUCUGCUGUGGUGGAACUUCAGUGGUCACUGACUUAUCCUCCAGUGAGCUUGGCGUCUCUGCACGUGCUCCGUAUGCUGACUAUGAUGAGGUGGCUUUCGUGCCCACUUGAUCUACUCGUUGUGCGGCGCAUGUCCUCUUCCUGUGCGUUUCCCACCGAUGAUUCCGUGUAUCAGUGUCCAGCGAUAAAGAGGAGUCAGUGUGUUCUCAGGAGAACACGUGUUUUUGAUGGGUUGAGGCUCACCUUGCUGUGGUCUUUUCCCCAGCUCUCGAUUGCCCUCGGUCUUGGCAAUGGAGCAGGCAGUUUAACUGCAUAGAACUGGCUCCAUCUCAUAGACUUUCAACACCUAUCAAGAAGCUUUUGUGCACAUUAAUUCUCUGGUCCCCCUUGAAGGGAAUGUGAAGACUAAUUAUACAUACGAUGUCUUGGAAAGCUUUUGCCAUUUUUACUGAAAGCCUUCCAGUCAUGCCACAUGACGCUUGUUAUAACUAUACACAGUGCAGUAAUUACAAUCGAGCAAUUAACAUCGCCAUCACCCACACAGUUGCCUUUGUUCCAUGGUAAGACCACCUGGAAAGUCUCUGCCAGCAAAUUCUUGUCUUUUACUCCCCUGCUGCUGUUAUGUCUCUGAACUAGGCACCUUGUAAAAUCACGCCUUUGUGCUUUUCUCCUACAUCUCCCCUGCACCUCCUGUGCCCUUAGUAACCACUGUCUCUUCCAUAGUGCUGUGAUCAUGGGGGUGUGCUACCAUGCAUGACUGAAAUUUUUUUCCAUUAGUUUUAAUUUUUUGGUACCAGGAGUCAAACUCACACUUCCCAGACAGGCACUGUGCUGCUGAGCCAUAUCCCCAGCCCUUUUUCCAUUAGUUUUAGACCCCUACUUACGGAUUUAUUUAAAAUAUUAAACAUAACACGUUCAAAAGGCACUACUACUACCCACACCACACGCCCCACAAUCGCCAAUGUUCAUCGAACUGUGAUGUUGGUUUUCUUCAUCAAAACUAAUGUUUGACUUUUAGCCCCAAAAUGAUUAUUGUGGAAAUAGGACAUGUGCUUGUAGAAGAUUUAGAUCCAUCUGAUACAUCCAACAGAAUGAAUACACAAUAUGUCAGUGGUAUUUUUCCUCCAAAAUUUCUUCCCUAAAAAGCAGCAAGCUGGCUUUCCAAGAUCAUAGAUUCUCUUCCAGACCCAUUCCACAGUGAACAAUGAACCUUUUCAGUCAUCACUGUUGAUGAACCUUUUCAUCCACUGUUCCCUUCUGCCAUGAUGUUUCUACCUUGGAGCAGCUGACCAUGGACUAAAUCCCCUGAAAUGGUGAGCCCAAUCACAUCUCUCCUUUAAGUUGUGUACUUUGGCUAUUAUGUCCCAGCACUGGUCCUAGCUAAUGCAGUCAGUGUAGGAACUUCACAAGAGAAGCUGGUUGUCAGGCUGUGCAAUUUAUUUUGACAAUUUGAAAUAAUCAAACCAUGUUUAGAUUUAGUCAUUAAACCCAUCUGACGUACAUUCACUCAAAUUAGAAGAUUCCAACUACAGAAAAGUCCAAAGAGUAUCCUGUGAUUGGAAAAAGGUAGAGUUGUUUCCUUCAUUCAUGAUAAUCUUC